AUGGCUUGUGUCUGGAUAAUUUUACUGCUAACGAUAGCAAUUGCCAGACUACCGAAACAAGUCCAUCGAACUCCACUUAAUGGAUCAUGGGAAAUUCGAAGCAGUAAACAAGACAUUUCCAUCGAAGUGAUAUCCGGAGCCGAUAUGUUUUCAGCGCUAUGGACUAAAGGCAUUAUAAGCGAUCCGUUAUCUGGUAAACAAGACAGCCAAUAUCGGUCACAUGCAUGGGAAGAUUGGACAUUUCAACACAUAUUCCGAACAGCCCCUAAACGAACCCAAAAUGAGGUCACUGAAUUAUGCUGGGAUGGUAUCGACACAUUCUGUGAUGUGGCUUUGAAUGGCAUCAUACUCGGUACUGGAAACAAUAGCUUUUUGUAUGUAUGUUGGGAUGUCAGUCAGUAUAUUCGUCCUGAUGCUGAGAACGAGUUGAAACUUGUGUGCCAAUCCACCCUUCGGACAGCAAAUCGGACAGCGAUGGAGAGAAAAAAGCGAGGACAGCCCACAGCUCCUCCAGAAUGCUGGCGCGAUGAACAGCAUGGCGAAUGCAACAUCAAUCUCGUACGUACCACACAGGCAUCAACAAGUUGGGAUUGGGGUCCAGCAUUUCCGAUUCAAGGGUUCUGGCAUCCACCGUGUUUGAUCACGUCACCUUCGAAUAUUCGACUGGGGGAGGGGUUUAAAUUCUACAGCUUUGUCAAUAAAGACACAUUUGCUCAACGUUGGAGCGCUUAUGCCAGUGUUGAAGUGCUUCGUCCAUCAGAUCGUGGAGUGCUGAAGGGAAGUGAGACACUGUGCAUCAUCUUCAUGCUUGAUUCAUGGUCACCCCCGAAUGGAAAAACUUGCUUUGCAAUGGCCCGGAACGUCACGCAGAAAGACGUCAGGGUAUCAAUUUUGACAAACAGUGACGGAAUAGAACCUUGGUGGCCAAAUGGAAUGUUUUCGGGCCCACGAACGUAUGACCUAAGUUUGACACUAUCUAGCGAAGACGAUUUCGUAUUGGACCAGGCGCAAUAUUUGGUGGGGUUUCGUGAAGUGCAACUGGUUGAAGUAAGUACAACUUUAGAAGGCGGAGCGAGUUUCGUCUUCUUUCAUUUCUGCUUGUGA